GACCUUAUACUAAGGUAUAAGGUCUAUGAAUAAUAUAUAUCUAUGGUGCUACUACAACUGCAACUACUUAUCAUAUUUUAUUAUGUUUUUGUUUACUAUACAAUUUCGAAUAUAGGAAAACCAAUCAGGUAGACACAACCAUGAUAUAAUUAACAUUAAUUGACACAACUGUAGUUUGUAGACUGUGGAGUACAAAAGACUAGAAGAGUUAAGACUAACAAUUUAUUUGGUUACUACCUAUUGUGUAUUAAGUAUUAACUAAUACAUAAAAUCUAGUUACCUUUUGUUAAUUUAAUAAUUUUAAUUUUCCCAUUUGUAUAAUAACAAACGUAACAGUUAGUAAUCCUAACAAAAUGUUUCCUGAUCAAUUAUUUGUGAAGACAUAUGGUAUUAUGAAAUGUGACGAGUACGAUUUCCUGAAUUUUGAACGUUUAUCAGUCAAUAAAAAAAUCACUAAUAAGGUGAUCACUAAGCGUGAGUUGAUGUCGCAUAUUAAAGUAGAGUUGACUUUGCUCAUUCGGUGUAAACGCAAAAUCAAAGACGAGUUGGAGAAAAAUCAUAAGGUUGAAGACUUUAAUGUAAUCAAAUUUUUGUGCGAUCAGGUUUUUGUCAUGUUUCACAAAAUGCAUGAAUUGUUUUCCGUUGAAGAGGAUAUUUUAUCUCCGUUUAUCAAAUUUUGUCAAGAAGAUGUAAGCUACAUAGAUUCAGAUAACUUAAGUUGUUUGUUGGACGCUGUUUCGCGUAUACCAAAUAAUCAAAAUAUGUGGGUACAACUAAUAAAGCUCAUUUUGAAUUUAGACGGCUUCGAUAUGCAGCUUAGUGAUCAUCGUGAUAAGCUGUUCAAUGCUUUUACCAAAGGUGUUUUAGCGUUAAAAGAUUCACUACCUUUAUGGAAGAUUUUAAUUAGACAUUUACGAUAUAAGAGUCCAGAAGUAGUUGAAGUAUUAUUCAAGGAAGCUACUAAAGGAACAAAAUAUUUUUAUGAUGAAAACAUUUCUCUGGCAUUCAGACCUAGAUAUUUAGAAUGGUGUUUGGAGUUUAAGGGCAUAGAUGCCACUCGGGAGUUAUUUAAUGAUCUUAAAACCUUAAAGCCAGCAUGCCACAGAUUAUAUCUAGUUAUGAUAGCCAUUGAACGUGAGGAGCCGAAUUAUGAAUUCGAUACUAUAAGAAAAUUGUUUGAAGAAGUAACCACAUUGUGUGGUCGUGAUAACGUUGGAGUGUGGAUUGAUUACAUGCGUUUUGAACAAGAGAAUGGCAACAAGAGACUUAAUCAUAAGAUUAUUUAUAAUGCAGUAUUCAAAGUGAAAAGGGAAUUAUUGGGUACUUUAUACGAACAACAUCACAGUCUUGAAAAAGAAUUUUGGACAGCUUUAGGUAAAGAAGUUAUAGUCAUUGAUGAUUGAAAUAUAUAUACAGAUACUUAUAUAUAUUUAUAAAAAAAAAAAAUAGAGAUGUUUUAUUUAUUUAUAUUAAGUGGGCCUCUUAAUAAUUUUCAUAUUUUUUUAUAGAAUUUUGUUCGGUUUUAUAAAGUAGUUUAUUACAUAAAGCAAGCAGUGUAAAACAGUGAAACUUCUAUUAAUGAUUUACUUUUAAAGAUUUCUAAAUAUAUUAUAUCAUCAUCACUGUUAUUGUAAAGUUGUCAUUUUCUCUGGUUCAUAUAGUGAUUGUAGUACAGGAGUAUCACUGUAGCGUAUAAAUUACUUAGUCAAUGACAAAAUAGUAAAUUUAUCUAUAGAAAGUUAAUGACAUUAGAUUUCUAUUAAUAUGAAUAUUAUAAAUUAUAAUUUAAUAAUUUAAACUUUUUUGAACACUUUAUCUAAUUUUAUUUUAUUUUUAUUAGCAUAGGUAAUUAUCAUUUGUACAAUAAUGAAAUCAAUAAUGUGAUUUUAAUGAAACGUAAUAUUAAAUUUAUAUUCCUAAUAA